GCCCGUUUUCCAGAGCUGGUUUUUACUCCCUCAACGCAAUCGAGCUCAGCUGGCAGAAGAGACGAUGAAGGUGGACGAGACUUACUUUCUGCUGGUGCUUCUCUGUGCUUUGGGGACAUGGCUGGAUUUAGCCGCUGCCACCGGACACAACUCUACAGUGGUUAAGCCGGGUCACUGUCCCAGAAAGCUGCAGGUGGCCCCUUCCAAGCGGGCCUGUGUCUGUGAUGAAGACUGUCCCGGGGACGACAAGUGCUGCGUCUUCGCCUGUGGAGCUGUAUGUGUGCCCCCUGCUUUCACGAAGCCCGGUGUUUGCCCACGGAGACAGCGCGGAGCCGGGAUGUGUGCCGAGUUCUGUUCUGAUGACAGCGACUGCCCCAAGGAUGAGAAGUGCUGCAGCAAUGGCUGUGGGCACGAGUGCACAGCGCCAUACACAGUGAAGCCAGGCCGCUGUGCUCGCCCCAAGGGAACCCACAUGUGUGCCGAGUUCUGCUACCACGACGGGGAGUGUCCCGAGGAGCAGAAGUGCUGCCGGACCACCUGCGGCCACGCCUGCAGUGAGCCCUGCUGACCACGCCCCGCCGGACAGCCCCGCGCAGCAGGCUGCCUUUUAUACUUGACCCUUCGUUUGGUAACUCUCUCUCAUGUUGUGCAAUGUGUACGUAUCGGGUUUUCAAACCAAUAAAACGGCCUGGUUAGCCUUA